UUCGAGGGAUUCUGCCUGAUGUGUCGUUAGGCUAAAGAUUUGGGGAAAGCAAAGCAAGGUGUGGUGGCCGGUGGGGACAUGGAAACCCGAAAAGCCGCACCCUUUUAGCUUUGUAGUAACAUUAGUGAUUGCUGAAAGAGGGUAUUGGUGGGUGUCCCAUUCACAUCUGACUUCCUCCUCCUCCUCCUCAUAAAACGCGUUGAAUUUUGAAUCCCCCGAAGUACAUUAAAAUUUCAUUAAACAUGGACUCACUUUCUUUAAAGUUUAUAUGCCGUUGUUUCUGGUCUGCAUGGUCAAGAUCUUGCUCUCAUCUUCCUACACUUUUUACUUCUUUUGCAUUUUGUUACAACAACAACAACCCUUAAUUGUCCUGAUUCGACAUUGGGUGUUCUAACCUUUUUAAUUCAAAUUUGGGUGCUUUGUAAUUCAUUGAUUAACGAAUUAGGCAAGUAGAAGUAUUUUAAUUUGAGAAAUUGGGGAAUUAAUUAAGAUUUGGGUUGGGGCACAAACAUUUGGUAGAGGGAGGGGGCGGGAGAAUUGUUCCGAAAAGAGCAAAACGGUGGCGUUUGAGCUUAAAACCCGGGAAGAACGAAAAUGGGGAAGUCUGAAAAUUUUAAAAAUAGAGCCAUAAAAUCUGAAGUGAAAAGGUUGGUCGGAAUGGAAGAGCGCGCGACCUUAAUGUUUCUGCGGAUUCACUUAAUUUGGUUUUCAUGUUUUGAAAACCAAAUCUGGCGCUUCUCAUUUUCCCCAAAAUCUAUUCCCAAUUUCUUUCUUAGUGUACAUAUUCUACCCGCGCCACCGCCAAUUCCUCACCUAAACCAUCACCAACAUACCCACUUCUCCUUCUCACUUUGUCUUUUCCAGCCCCCUUUUUCAGAUCCCAGGUCGACUCUAACUAUGGCGGAUAAGGAGAAUAUAUUUCGACUCACUCGGGGUUCUAAGAAGAGGUCCGCCGAGGCUGCUACCCCCCACGAUCGCUCUGCUAACAAGAGGAGAGUCGUUCUCGGAGAGCUUCCUAUUUUACAGAAUGCUACUUCUUCUUCCGUCGAUCGGACUUCCAGGUCCAGACCCAGCAGGCACAGACGGAGACUCAAAUCGAGGGAUACAGCGGAGACAAGUGCUGCCGCUCAAAUUAAUACGCUUCCGGAUGCUGAUGUCAAGCUAUCGGAUGAGGGCAAUUCCGAAGACCCGCAAAUGUGCACGGUUUUCGCCUCUGAUAUUUAUGAGUACCUUCGCGCCAUGGAGACUGAUCCACGAAGAAGACCUUUACCAGAUUACAUCGGGAGGGUACAAAAGGAUAUAAGUGCCAAUAUGAGGGGGAUUCUGGUGGAUUGGUUGGUUGAAGUUGCAAAAGAAUACAAGCUUGUUUCAGACACUCUUUACCUCUCUAUUUCAUAUGUUGACAGAUACUUAUCUCUAAACGCAAUCAGCAGGCAAAAACUUCAAUUGUUGGGGGUUUCUGCCAUGCUCAUUGCCUCAAAGUAUGAAGAAAUCAGUCCUCCGCAUGUUGAAGAAUUUGUUUAUAUAACAGACAAUACCUACAAUAGAGAAGAGGUGGUUGAGAUGGAGGCAGAUAUAUUGAAAUCACUGGAAUUUGAACUUGGAAGUCCCACAAUAAAGACAUUUUUAAGGAGAUUCACAAUGAUUGCUCAAGAGACUUACGAAUUUAAUACUUUGCAAUUUGAAUUCUUGGGCUACUAUCUUGCUGAGUUAAGUCUACUAGACUACAACUGUGUCAAAUUCUUACCGUCUCUCAUUGCUGCAUCUGUUAUAUUUCUAGCACGAUUUAUGAUCCAACCAAAGAAGCAUCCUUGGACCUCCAGGUUGGAGCAUUUUACUGGAUACAAGCCAGCUGAUAUGAAAGAUUGCGUUCUACUUGUACAUGAUUUAUACCUUAGUAGAAGAGGAGGCGCUUUGGCAGCUAUAAGGGAGAAAUACAAACAACAUAAGUACAAAUUUGUGUCUAUCAUGCCUUCACCUCCAGAGAUUCCUAUUCCAUAUUUUGAAGAUGUUAGAAUAUGACUGUACAAGAUGACAAUAGUAGUUAGGAGCUUAGUAUAUGGGAGCGAAUAAAAAUUUAUAUUAGAUAGGAAUCUGAAUUCCAGAGGCAUGGUUCAGUUUCAAUCUGUACAAGCUCUAUAGGGCAUUAGUUGAGAGGUGAGUGUCUACUCGGAAUGGAACACAUUUUUGUGCAUUGGAAGGCAAGCCAAAGCAUGAAGCCAAAGCUUGCAUUUUUCCCACAACAUUACUGUAUUUUCUUCCCUUGUAAAGAUUUCUUUUGAAAAAAACAGAUAACCCAACGUUAUUAGAUUUUAGGGUGUGUUUAGUACUGUACAAAAUUCAGCAAAUGCACAUCAUGCAUUGGGCCGGAAGCCCAUUUGAAGCAUAGAGUUUCUGAAAUUUUCUUUUUCGAAGUUCGAGUUGGCAAUGUACAUAAACCACAUGUCUAAUAAUUGCAAGAACUAUAAAGGGUGCCUUGAAAAGCAUCAAAUGUAGCACAUUGUCGUGCAUGCAUUGUUAAAAGUUUUCUGAAGGGGCAAAUGGUCUCUAACUUCGACAAGGAUUGCUCGAAGAGGGAAAAGGCAGAAGCGAGAGAAGAGAAGAGCCAGGAUGGAUAUGCUGCUACAAAUGCUUUAUUUACGUAGAGGGUUAAACUGAAAAUGACCCUCUGCUUCAGAGGUUGAAGGGACUGAAAGAUAGAAAGAAAAGCAGCACGAUGGAAGAAAGAAUAUUAAAAAGGCUUCUGCUGAAAAGGAAAAGUGGCCUCGUCUCGUCUGCUGUGUUGCUGGUCUUGCAGGUUGUCUACUCGAUUGCAUUUAAGCUUACACUUUUCUUCUUUAUCCUUCGAUACUGCCCUGCCAUGCCAUACAAAGCCAUAUGACUUUUCCUUCAUUCAAACACUUUUCUUUCCCUCUGACCUUUCCCUCCAACUAAGCUGAGAAGGCCAUUGUUAAGAAGUAAGCAGCCGGGUUUUGUCCUCUGAAACUCCUCUGCUGCCCCCUUCGUUCUCUCUCGCUAACCACUCUAUUUCAAUAUGCCAUUUCCAGUGUCCAUGGAAGCUCGGCUGCUUCUGUUCAUGGCGAUUUUCACUCUUCUGGUCUCUGGAGAAAGCAAAGGGACAAUGGGGGUCGUCGUCAUCCAUCAACAUCCACUGUCAAAAAUGCAGGAGAAGCACCGGAAGCAGCUGCCGUCGCCGCCAUGGAGACACUCAUUCAGUGCGCUCUUUGCCAGCAAGAGGAAGGUCCCAAACACUUCGGAUCCUCUCCAUAAUCGUUGAAGCGCUCUGGGAAUGGAGACUACGUCCGAUUGUCGUAUGAAAUACGGUCGAAAUAGUGGUGUUGACUCUAUUGGUAGGCGUGACCACGUGGACUUCUGGGUUUGCUUGCCUUCCUUCAGCUUUUUCCUGGGUGCAACCUUUAUGGGGAAAUGCGUCCUCCUCCUUUGUUUCUUUUUCCAAAUAAUUUUUGUAAGAUUCAAUUAAAUAUAUAUUAUAUGCUCUUCAACAGAUGUGUUCUCUAUUUCUCAAGUUCUCCAAAAUCCGCGUUGUGUAUGCCCAAAAUGAUUCUUAUUCAGUCUUAUGGGUUAUUAAUGUAGCAUUUGUAUAGUUGUAUA